UAUGAGGCCUUAUAUUGUCCAAUUGGCCAGACGGUGCAACGAUGCCAAGAGCCUCGGAUCAUCUGAAAGGCUCAGCUGCAUCGGUCAUCGGAGGGAAUCCACGUUACCUGCCGGGGAGACUGCCUAUAUAUUGAGCCGAUCAACUCUCAUUGGAUUUGCCUCUUGAUUUGUCUCUUGAUGUGAAUCGAGAGUGUAUCUCCAGGUGUAGUUGAGGUGCUGUGCCUUGUCUUAUACUUCAAGUGGAGCGCAGAUCGGGCCCUGAUCACCUGAUUGGACAAGCCUCACUGUCUCUGUUUGGCGAUUCUCUCUUUUCUUCUUGUCCUCCACCUCCACCUCAUCUCCCUCCCUCCAUCCCAUAUCUUUAUCGCCAUUCUUAGUCAUGUCCAAGGCCACCUUCGCCGCCAUCGCUGCGGCCAGUGCGGCCACCGGGGCUGGCUUGACUGCCCUGGUCUAUUCCGCUCGACCCCAACCUCCCCAUCCUCCACAGCAACAGCAGCAACUUCCUCCGCCGACUCCCUUAACCUCCACGAAAACUCCCGCCUCUCAACCCGCGCCGCCUUCGCUCGCACCGAAACCCGCCGCCGGCUCCCCUGUCGACCCGUCCGGAAUCUACCAAUAUGGCUUCCCCGGCCCGAUAGCCGACACUCUCACAUCACUCCCCUUGGCCGGCGCCUACGAUCGUCGCACGCGCAACCCUUCCUGGGUCGCCGAACACAUCACCCCCGCGUCGCUUGCCCUCAAGAAUGCCGACCGCAAGAACAGCACCUUCUACGAAGACACCACCAUCCCGGCCGCCUUCCGCGCCAAGCUGUCCGACUACUUCCGCUCCGGCUAUGACCGCGGACACCAGGUGCCCGCUGCCGAUGCCAAAUGGUCGCAGGGCGCGAUGGACGCGACGUUCGCUCUGACCAACAUGUGCCCCCAGGUUGGUGAGGGGUUCAACCGCGAUUACUGGGCUCACUUCGAGGACUUCUGCCGCAACCUGGCGAAGAAGUACCCGUCCGUGCGCGUCGUGACCGGUCCUCUGUAUCUGCCCCAGCGUGAGGCCGACGGCAAAUGGCGCGUCUCCUACGAGGUCAUCGGCACUCCCCCUAGCGUGGCCGUGCCGACGCAUUUCUACAAGGUGAUCUACGCGGAGGAGGGACCGGCUUCCGCGGCUGGCAAGGUGGCGCUGGGUGCGUUCGUCCUGCCCAAUGCUCGUAUCUCGAAUGAGAAGCGAUUGGCUGAGUUCGAGGUGCCAUUGGAGGCGGUCGAGCGUGCCAGUGGACUGGAGUUUGCCGCCAAGUUGGAGCCCACCCGCCGGAAGAAGCUGUGCCAGGAGGUUAAGUGCGAGGUGACUGUGCGGGAGUUUAACAACGCUUCCAAGCGGAACUAAACUGAGAGGGUUGGACUUGGAGAUGAGGGAAGGAUGGGAUCCUCAGAAUACAUAAGAACGGCGGGCCUUGGUUUAACCGCCUAGUUCUGUUCAGUUUAUAUCAGACUGUCGCGGCGUUUGUAGCUCGCAUGCGUCAGACCUUGUACCUAUACAUACCUGUUUCUAUAGACCGGUGCUCCUUUUGGUAUCCUUAUUAUACAUACACCUACCAUAAAAUAUUCGAGCUUGACCAUCAACAUUGGAACGCAACUCCCUUCUUGGUUGCAACAUUCCCUCCACGUCCAGCAAACCCCGUUCCCUCUGAACUCACCUCCACCAAACCAGGCCGAAUGCCUUCCUUAUCUUUCUUCUUUUUCUUCCCGGAC